AUGAGGAAGGGACGUGAGGCCGCAACUCAUGAACCGCCUGCGCUGGCCCGGGCCCGCCCUGCCCCAGCGCCAUCCCAGGGGUUUGCUGAGCAACCCCCCAGGACCUUCACCAGCAGGCUCUGCAUUAUGGUCCAUGUGCCCCGUGUGUGCCUGGCCCAUGUCCUGAGCAGCUCAUGGCCUCCCAGGCAGACAGACCGGGUCAAGCGAACGUUGCACGAGCCUUCUCCUAAACACGAAACCACGAGGGCAGAGCCCCAGGACGGUCCACAUCAGCGCCCUGGGGAGCCCAGUGCCGCCGACGGGCUGACACAGGUCCUACCUGCUGAACCUGUGCAGCCGGCCACGGGCAGCAGCUCCCGGCCCCAGACCCUGACCGCAGCCGGGGAGCCAAAAAGGUCUCAGCGUCACCGACACCUCCGGACAGAACCAUGA